GAGUGAGAUAAACCCAUACUGCGCAUGCGCAGGCCAGUACGCUGUGAUAGUCUGGAACGCUAUUGUGUAGCGCCUUGUCGGAUUUCCGGCGGAUUUUAUUUUUUAAACCUCUUUCGCUUCUACGCCGUGAUUUCAGCUACCCGAUAGAGUCAUGACAUCACGUGCAGGCCCGAGAGCUGCCGGGACUGAUGGGAGUGACUUCAAGCACAGGGAGAAAGUUGCUCCUCAUUAUCAGAUGAGUGCUUCAUUAAAGUCUGAGAUCAAGAAGCUGACCAUUGUGCACCUCGUUAUAUGGUUACUUAUAGCCUCCCAGGUGACAGUUUCCCACUUCAAACUGUUCUCCCAUGAUGUGGUGGCCAUGCCCUAUCAGUGGGAAUACCCAUACCUCCUCAGCCUGCUGCCCUCGCUGCUGUCAGGUAUGGCCAUGCCCAAGAACAACAUUAGCUACCUGGUGAUCUCCAUGAUCAGCGCCGGCCUAUUUUCUGUGGCUCCGCUAAUCUUCGGUGCCAUGGAGAUGUUCCCGGUGGCACAGCAGCUGUACCGACAUGGCAAGGCUUACCGAUUUAUCUUUGGCUUCUCGGCGGUGUCGGUAAUGUACCUGCUGAUGGUGAUCGCCAUUCAGGUGCACGCAGGGCAGAUUUACUACAGCAAGAAACUGCUGGAUGCCUGGUUUGACUCCACACAAGAAAAAAAGAAAAAAUAAAGGGACAGUUGAUGAAGAACUGGUUACAAGUCAUGCUGUUGUAUAUUACUCAAAGUUUUGACGUGCAUGGAAUUAUCAACAAGGUCUGAAUGCACACCUAAGAUCAAAUGGACAUACAUACCACUGGGUUUAUUUACAGAUUAUUCUUUAUGCAGUGACCACUAUCAAUAUAUGUAGACAGAUUUAUAUCUGACAGGAUAUUACAAAUGAUACUUCAGCUGACAGUCAGGUGAGGUGUGUACUAAUGUACAGGAAUACAGUAGAGCUUAUUACAGCAUUUAACUGCUUUUUAAUUCACUGGUCUUUUAAUGUGUACACAUUAAUAAAAUGUUUCAGUCACUGUAUUGUGUUUUAAACUACUGAUACUAACAUAUGCAUAUGUUAUCACUAACUAUUUAAACAUAAUUAAAGUUCAUUGCUUUUGAAUAA